GCUGUUGUCUCUGUGGCCCCGCCCCCCGCCUCGACGUCACCGCGCGGAGCGUGUGUGGAAUGGAGAGGGGAAAGCAGCUUUAAUUGCACGACAGAGAGAAAAAGGGCAGCGAUGGCUUCGCUGAGGCAGGAGCAGCGUUAUGGACUGAGCUGUGGGAAAAGCAGCAGGAACGGCCCGAGCGGCAGCAGCAGCAGCGGCGGCAGCGGCUGCAGCAGCGGGACCUUGUACCAUGUGAAGCUCACAGACACAGCACUGAGGGCGCUGGAGGCUUAUCAGAACCUCAAGGGAUCUUUACCAAAUGAACCAUCAGUUUGUUUCAAAGGCAACCAAGGGUACAUUAAGAUCCCGGCUCCCACUCCAGAGUCGCUGUCUGCUCUUCGGAUCUUCUCCUUCUACUUAUCCAGCGACAGCAAAGAUCAACCUCAAGCCAGCUUCGACUGCAUCCAUCAGUAUGUCUCAAGCGACGGCCGUGAGAAGCUGGAAGGUCAAGGCAUCAUCCAGGACAAGAUCACCGUCUGUGCCACGGAGGACUCGUACCAGGUGACCCGUGAGAGGAUGUCUCAGGUGGAGAAGGACAGCUGGAGCCGUUCUGCCAUUGAGAUCAAACCUGGAGCCACACAUCCAAGUAAAUGUGUCAAGUUCCACAAAUGGUCGGCUCCUCCUCCUCCUCCUGCAUCAGACAAGCAGUCAAGCAACAACAGGAGGAACGGUGGAUCGGCCACACCAACCCUGAAACCCCUGAGGGAACGCAUUAUCCACCUGCUGGCUCUGAAACCUUACAGGAAACCAGAGCUGCUGCUAUGGCUGGAAAGAGUGAGAGUGAGCCCCAAAGACAAGGCUGAGCUGGGUACAAUACUGGACGAGGUGGCGAAGGUGAAUCUCAAAGACAGCAGCUAUGUGCUGAGGGACGACUUCUACAGGUAUGUGCAGAGGGACUGGCCAGGCUACAGUGAGGAGGAGAGGCAGCUGAUCAGCAGGCUGCAGGCCAGGAAACAGAUUAGCAACCAGUCAAGAAGUCUUCAAGCAAACUUAUCAAUACUUAAAUCCACAGAAGAUACAACACCACAUCUCAACACGCUGAAAAAUCCUGCAGUGAAACGCCCUGUGCCUUUUGACUCGCUGGAGAGGCUUGCCGUUAAGAGGCAAAAACUUGUGGAGCAGAGGUUGCAACAGCAACCCGCUGUAAAUGGACUCUCAAACGGUAAAUCACACGACAAUGUGACUCCUACCCUCCACCACAGCUUCCACACAAAGACUGAGUUCCAAAGGACAACCAACCAUGCUGGUAACCAGAAUGCCUCACCGCGUGACAACAGUGACUUUCCUGUAGUGCACAAACUGUCACGCACCUCUGACACACCUGUCUCAGAGAGCAGGGAUCAGGAACCCAAUUUAAGCAGUUAUCAGCCACCGCAGGACGGCACUGCCUGCACUCACCAGCCGUUCUCCAACAGCCACCACAAAAGGAAAAAACCUAAAAAGCACAAAGACAAGGAGCGGGAGAGGUUAAAAGACAACAAGCGCAGUGACUGGUUGGAGAAAAGUCCUGAUCUGAAGCAGACGCAGGACAAACUAGACGAUGCUGAAAUCACAAAUACAGUCGCCUCUGAGGAGAAGCCAGAUUAUGUUCUCACCUACAGCCCCAUCACGAGUGUGGAGCAACGUAAGCGAUACCAGGAAGAUUUCUGCGCGGAGUAUGACGAGUACAAAGACCUCCACUCCCGGAUCGCCACCAUUACACACAUGUUUGUUCAGCUGGGGUCCAAGAUCAAGUGCCUGUCCCCAGGCACACAAGACCAUAAGAUAAUGGAAGAACAAAUACUAGAAAAGUACAGGAAGUAUCGGAAGAAGUUCCCCGGCUACCGGGAAGAGAAGAAACGUUGCGAGUAUCUCCACGAGAAACUGUCCUACAUAAAACAGCUCAUCAUAGACUAUGACAUUUCCCAGACGUCAUCAUAGCAUCGGCCCUCUUUGCCGAGACCAUGGACGACGAGAUACUGCGGCCGCUAAUUAUAUGGUAGAUUUCACUCUGGUAUUUGUUAUUGACUGCUUUUCUUUAAAGGAAUCAUUUUUGCUUUACAUGUUUUCAAGUCCAACAAAGAGACAAAGACGGUCUUGGGAUUAGAAGAUUUGUGCAUCAGUGCAUAUGAUGACACCGUUGUUCCCUAAUAAUAGUCUCAGUCAUUUUAAUGGAAAUAUGGGCAAGAUAAUGGAUACGUUUAAAUGAUUUUCUGUGCUUUCGACGAAACACUUUGCUUCUACUUAAAAAAAAAAAAAAGAAGCUCAUAUCAAAGUUGACUUGUGUGAUUGAAGCAGGGAGAAUGAAUUUCAACAUUAUUUUAACAAAACAAAUUUGUCUUUAAUGCAGUGUCUCUUACUGACAUAUUUCACAAGUAGAUUUCUCAUAAAAAAAUGAAGCUUCACAUGAAGAUAUUUUUGCAAUAUAGCCAGUGAGGGUGCGCCACUGUUUAUGUGGAUUCAUCUGCUUGGCUUUUGUCAUGAAUCGAAUCAUUUUCCUCCAUUCAUCGAGUAUUUGUUUGGUCUAUAAAAUGUAAAAAAAAAAAUGUUGAUUGGUUUCCCAAACCUCGGAAUGAUGAUGCAAAUCAGUUUUAAUGACUUCUUUGUCAAGUGGAGCAAAGAAACUACAAAAUAAUCACAUUUAAGAGGCUAAGAAAAUCACAAAUGUUUUAAUUAUUUAGAAACAAAACCCCCAACUUGCAUAUAAUGUACAUCCUGUAUCCCCAAAUGCACUUCUGUAUAUCUUAAGUAUUUAUUCACCACACACAUUUCUCUUAAAUGAUUGGUGAAGUUACCCAAAUGCUUGGCCUUCAUGGCUGUUGCAAUAACUUUUACGAGGAGAGACCAUUUGGUUCUCCCUCAAUAAUAAUAAUAAUAAUAAUAAUAAUAAUAAUAAUAAUAAAUCAGGCACCAAGUCUAUUUUUUCCCCCAAGUAUUUAAAACCCACUGGAAAGGAACGUGAUUCUCUCUUUCCUUUAGAACUACUGAUGUAUUUAUUUUCAGCCAUCUUCCUCUAUCAUGUGUUGUUGGUCUCCUCAGCUUGAAGUGUCAGAUCUUGUUAGAUCAAAGUGUUUGUAUAUCCAAGCGGCGUGGGGAGGGGGAGGUGGGAGAGGUGGUGUAUAGUAUAGGAAAGGCUCAGGUAAUGUAAUAUGCUUUUCCUCUAACUCCAUGUUCCUCUGAAUAUUAAUGUUGAAAUGGCAAAGAAAGAUAGUCGCACAACAGAAAAAUGUGUAUUUGCUUCAUUAAAGCCAGUUGUGGUACUUAGGUAUUUUAUAUAGUAGCCCAGCACACGUUUAGGUUGUUUGUUUUUUUUUGCACUAAACUAUUUUUUUUUUUUAAAGGGAAGGGGACAAGCUCAUGAAAUUUCUAUUCAAUCUAUGUCGUGCGGUUGCCGUUGUUGUACUGAAUGAUCACCCUUUAACCCUUUAACACCUAAGCCUGAAAAUGUCCGUACUGUGCACAUAAAAGUGCCAGAAAAUGUCCCUUUGAGUAAGUGCAUUUUUUCAAUGCCUGUCAGUUAUUUACAAUUUAUUGCUUGUUAAAGAGUUUAAAGUCAAGAAAAAACAAAAAACGGAAUUUGAUUUUAGAGUUUUAUUGAGAAAAAAAUACUUUUGCAUUUUAAUUUUGAAAUUUGAACAGUAUAAAACUCUGCCGCUCAGAGUGUGUCAGUGAAAUGACCGUAAUAAGCACAUGGCUGGCUUUGAAGUGCAAGUUCUUAGCUUUCAGAAACCACUGGAAUGUUUCUGAUGGCACAAACCGUCGCGUAAUUACGGUAAUGCAAAGAGCGCUUGCCCAAACGUGUCGCCGGCGAUGCGCUCGGUGUCAAAGGGUUAAAGUAAAUAACAUACAUAGAAGCCUUAAGAUUAUACUCAUCUAGAUGGAAAAAACAACUCAAACUGCCAAUAUCAACAUGGAGUUUUUAUCCAUACGCGUCUGUUAUCUGCCUUAUAUUAGUGUUAGCUGUCAAGUCUGUCUUUUAAAAGUCAAAAAUAUUUCAUCAUGUAUUAUACACUUUGAUUUUGCUGUUGUGGCAAUACCUUACUUAGGGGGUUUUGCAUUUGUAAUCCUUAUGGUACUCUGUUUUUAAAUCAUCACACAUGGUCUGGACUCCUGUUCCUCGCCCCCGAGCAUAUUAUGGUUUGAUCGGGAGACUCGCUUCAUUGAUUUUCUGCAAAGCACAAAAUAAAAACGUAUUGUGAAAGUAACAGCACUUUCAGUUUCAGGUAAUUAUGGUAAUUAUGGAAAUGAGUCGGGGAGGAAAAAUGGACAUUAGUGUCAAAUGUGUUCAAGGAAAAAAAACAUGAUUACACGUGGGUUAUUGACUAUGAUGGAAGAAUCACUGGGCAGAAUAUUUCUUUAAAAAAAUAUCACUAAAUGAAAUAUAUUUAUCUGUGCAAAUCUUUUGUCACAAGUGACGACAAAAUGUUGUUGUUGUUUUGGACUGGUGCUGAGCCUUCACAAUGCUGUACCCGCUGAAGGAGAGUCACCAACUGCAUUUUAAAAAUGUACACUUUACUCUUUUUUGUGCACAGUUCAAACGAAUAAAAGCAUCAAAGGGA